ACUGGACUCGCUUGAGUUAAUACCGAAUACGCAAGACGAAAGAAAAAGAGCAACGCGAAGAAUAUUCUCUGCACCCUUUGGACUAAAAUGGCAGACGCUGCCUUGGUGAAAGAACUCGUUAAGAAGUGCCUGCAGGCUCGGGACCAAGCGUAUUGCCCCUACAGCAACUUCCCCGUAGGAGCUGCGAUAUUAACGACAGGGGGCGAUAUAAUCACAGGCUGUAAUGUGGAAAACGCAUCCUACGGACUGACAGUGUGUGCAGAGCGGACAGCCGUGCAGAGGGCUGUAGCAGAGGGGCACCGACACUUCAGCGCCAUCGCUGUCACGUGUGACAUUAAAGACAGUUUUGUUGGACCUUGUGGAGCCUGUCGACAGGUAUUGAUGGAAUUUGGAUCAGACUGGGAUAUCUACCUGACCAAGCCAGAUGGUUCGUACAAGAAGAUUAGUCUCCAGGACCUGCUACCCCUGGCCUUCUCGCCUGCCCACCUUGAGAAGAUUUAAAGACCAGAUGCUCAUGUGAUUUCAGAAAAGCAUAUAAAAAGACAAUCCUUCCCAGCACCCUUUCUCACUUGAGAUAUCCCACUAAAGUCCAGCAAUACCUCAGUAGGUUGAAGCAGCAUAAGCUUUUUGGA